AUGAUUGGUGGUUUGUUCAUUUAUAAUCACAAGGGAGAGGUUCUUAUUUCCAGAGUUUAUCGUGAUGAUAUCGGUCGAAAUGCAGUCGACGCUUUUCGAGUCAGUGUAAUACACGCAAGACAACAAGUCAGAUCACCUGUAACAAACAUUGCUAGAACAAGUUUUUUCCAUAUUAAGAGAUCUAAUGUUUGGCUGGCUGCUGUCACCAAGCAGAAUGUUAAUGCAGCCAUGGUAUUUGAAUUUUUAAUUAAAAUGGUUAACAUCAUGCAAUCUUAUUUUGGCAAAGUGUCAGAAGAAAAUAUUAAAAAUAACUUUGUGUUGAUCUACGAGUUGCUGGAUGAAAUUUUAGAUUUUGGUUAUCCUCAAAAUACUGACAUGGGAGUUUUGAAGACAUUCAUCACCCAAGCAGGUAUCAAAUCUCAGACAAAAGAAGAGACAAGCCAGAUUACGUCGCAAGUGACUGGCCAGAUAGGGUGGAGGAGGGAAGGCAUCAAGUACAGAAGAAAUGAACUCUUUUUGGAUGUUCUUGAAUCAGUUAACCUGCUCAUGUCUCCACAGGGCCAAGUGUUGAGCGCUCAUGUUGUGAGUCGGGUGGUCAUGAAGAGUUACUUGAGUGGUAUGCCUGAAUGCAAAUUUGGUAUCAAUGAUAAAUUGGUCGUUGACAGUAAAGGUCGAAAUACAACUGACGAGCUCACAAAAUCAGCGGGAAAAACGUCAAUAGCGAUAGAUGACUGCCAGUUCCAUCAAUGUGUGAAGCUGUCGAAAUUUGAGACUGAACAUAGCAUUAGUUUUAUACCUCCUGAUGGAGAAUUUGAGCUAAUGAGGUAUAGGACAACAAAGGACAUAAGUUUACCAUUCCGAGUGAUACCUCUUGUGAGGGAGGUGGGCAGGUCCAAGAUGGAGGUGAAGGUUGUCGUAAAAUCAAAUUUCAAACCAUCAUUACUUGCCCAGAAAGUAGAGGUCAGGAUCCCAACUCCUUUGAACACAAGUGGUGUUCAAGUCAUUUGCAUGAAGGGAAAAGCUAAAUACAAGGCCAGUGAGAAUGCCAUUGUUUGGAAAAUAAAACGAAUGGGAGGUAUGAAGGAGUGCCAACUGAGUGCAGAAAUUGAACUUCUCAGCACUGGAGAAGGUAAAAAAUGGACCAGACCUCCAAUCUCUAUGAACUUUGAGGUUCCAUUUGCUCCCUCUGGAUUCAAAGUGAGGUACUUGAAAGUAUUUGAACCAAAGUUGAAUUAUAGUGACCAUGAUGUCAUCAAGUGGGUCAGAUACAUUGGGAAGAGUGGUCUCUAUGAAACAAGAUGCUAA